CAAUUCCCGGUUAGAAAUGGAUACUAUAAUUACUUAAAUGGGCCAUUCCUAUGUCUUCACUGUACCGGUAUUCAAGAGAUCUUUCCCUGCAGAAACGGGCGAUGUUCCACUUGAAUAAGAAACUGAAGGUCCGCAGACUAACCACUGAACUUUGUCAACCAUUGAAUUACUCUACGAUUUAGAUACCACAUCACUCCGUACAUCAUCCAACUAUACUAGCUCGAGGAGUAGUCGUGAACCAUGGCCUCUCAGAUGAAAGAAGAGGUCGAUUCAAAGUUGCCAGAGCACCUCCGCCAAUCCGAGAAAGAGAAGGAAGGGAAGGAUCAGCCCAAGCAUUUCCAGAGGGGCGUCAAAGACUCUAUCCGCCACCCUUUUCCUCAUAUCCGUGAAAAGCUCAAAAACACCCACCUUCAUGACGCGAAGAUCAAGGCGGUUCACACCAGGAAUCACCUCGGAAAGUAUGCCAACCUCUUCAAUCGGAACCAUAGACAUGAUGAAGAUCAUGAGCAGCGGACAGACGAAAAGCGGAACCACAUAUCCGAGACGCACCGAUUCUCGAGUUUUGCUCCGGAGCGCGAAGGAAACGAAGCGAAGUUUUAUGUGGACGGAAGAGACUAUUACUGGGCCGUUAGCACCGCGCUGGAACGAGCAACGGAGUGCAUAUACAUCGUGGACUGGUGGAUCAGCCCCGAGCUGUUUCUCCGACGCCCCCCAGCGGAGAACCAAGAAUGGCGAUUGGACGAAAUCUUGAAAAGAAGAGCAGAGGCCGGUGUGAAGAUCUAUAUCAUGGUCUACAAAGAAGUCGAGCAAGCCCUUUCUUGCCAGAGCACGCAUACAAAGCAUGCACUGGAGGCUCUCUGUCCAGAAGGAAGCCCCGGAUUUGGAAAUAUUCGCGUGAUGAGGCAUCCAGACCAUAAUGUCAUGGGGAAUGCUGCAGACAUGACAUUUUACUGGGCACAUCACGAAAAGUUCAUGGUUAUCGACCAUUACCUGGCCUUCAUCGCUGGACUGGAUUUGUGUUUCGGGCGUUGGGAUUUGAAUCAACAUCCGCUGGCGGAUCUUCACCCCGCAGGUGCGAAGUACGAAAUCUGGCCUGGACAGGACUUCAACAAUAACCGGAUCUUGGACUUCCAUGAUGUCCAGGACUGGGAGCAAAAUCAAGUCAGCAAGGCCGAGUAUGGCAGGAUGCCAUGGCACGACGUGGGAAUGGGCUUGAUCGGGCCAUGCGUAUACGACGUCGCCGAGCAUUUCGUGUUGAGAUGGAACUUCGUCAAGCGUGAUAAGUACAAACGAGACGACAAAUAUGCCUGGCUAGAGCUUGAGGGCAGGACUGGAGAACAUGAGGAUUUGAUUGCGGUACAACGACCGAAGUAUCCAAUGGGCGGCUAUACCCUACAUCCCCCGACUGAAGGAGGACUUGAUGGGAAGCUCAGUGACUGGGAAGGACGCGAUGGUUCCACAGUCAAAGCCCAGAUUGUGCGGUCGAGCGCGGACUGGAGCAGCGGCAUCCUUACCGAGCACUCCAUACAGAACGCCUACUGCGAACUCAUCCGAAACGCACAGCAUUUCGUCUACAUCGAGAACCAGUUCUUCAUCACUGCCACGGGCGAGGGUCAGGAUCUGAUCAUGAACCAGAUCGGCCGGGCAAUCGUCGACGCUUGCGUCCGCGCCGGAAAAGAAGGACGGAAGUUCCGGGUCAUCGUCAUCAUUCCUGCCGUGCCUGGUUUCGCUGGCGAUCUACGUUCGGAUGCAGCAAAAGGCACGAGGGCCAUUAUGGAGUACCAAUACAAGUCCAUCUGCAGGGGUGAGAAUUCCAUCUGCGAACAAAUCCGAAAAGAGGGCAUCGACCCAGGGAACCACAUAUUCAUUUUCAAUUUGCGAAGCUAUGACCGGGUGAACACGACGCCUGCCGUCCGAAAGCAGGAGGAGAAAUCCGGUGUGAAAUAUCAGGAGGUGCAACGUGCUGAAGCGGAAGAGUUGAUGGCACCAGGGGGGCACGGGUUGUCGGAUGAGAACAACGGAGCUGUUGGCGGGGAUUUCAGCGAAAAGAAAGAGGCAAUUGAGGAACGGAAGCAAAAAUUCGAGGAGCUAAGAGUGGAGGUUGGCCUGGGGAAUGGCGAGGACAAAGACCCGAAAGAAGCAGCUCCCAGUGUCGACACGAUUGCGGAAGAUGCGAUGCUGAGUGGCAGACAUGUUUCCGACGAACCGUGGACGGGGGGCGACGAAGAGGGCGAAAAGAUGAAUUUCAUCCAGGAGCAGCUCUACAUCCAUGGUAAGGUAUGCAUAGUGGAUGAUCAGAUCGCGUUGAUUGGAAGCUCAAACAUCAAUGAUCGGUCGAUGCAAGGGGAUAGAGACUCGGAGUUGACCAUUGUUAUCGAAGACACCAAACCUCUUGAAUCCACAAUGGACGGCGCCCCUUACACCGCGAGCCAUUUUGCUGCAACACUCCGCCGCACUCUGUGGCGUGAGCAUCUUGGCCUCCUCCCUCCUCAACCACUCGAUGCCUCAGACGACCCCAACGCCGAGCCACCAGGCGACUCGGAGAACCGCAUCCUCGACGACGAGCACUGGCAACUCGUUUCCGACCCCCUCGGCGACAAAGUAUGGGAGACCUGGUGCCAGCAUGCUACGACCAACACCGAGGUGUUCCGCGAAAUAUUCCACGCCGACCCGGACAAUUGCAUCCGCAAUUUCGAGGACUAUGAGAAGUUCCUCCCAGAUCCUAAAGAUAAGAGCCAUGACCACAAGUUUGGGCAUCUCAUCGAUCGGAGUGUGCCGGUGGCGGAGAUCAAGAAGCAGCUGGAUCGGAUCAAGGGACAUCUCGUCUGGAUGCCGCUGGAUUAUCUCUGCGAAGUGGAGAUGGCCGAACGCGGGUUACAUGUGAACGAUUUUACAGAAACCAUCUAC